AUGCUUCCUGUCAGAAAGAAAUUCUUACAGCUGCUGUACCGGAAACCAGAGAAACUGGAAAUGCUUUUUCAAAUACCUAUUUACCAAAAACAAGUCCCACAUAUGUGUCUGGCUACCUCCACCUGUCUUUAUAGUAAGAAGAAAAAAACCAACAGUUAUGAACAUGUUGACCAAGAAAAAUACAAGAACUUGGUUUACUCUGUUACAUCUUACAAAACCAGUGCCCAAACACCAGAGACGAUACUUGAAGAAGACAAUUUGUUGUAUGGGCCACCACUAAAACACAGCCUUCAAGUUAAAGCAGAAACAAAACUUCCCAAGAACUGGAUGCCUUUAAUAAACCCCAACAAGAGAAUUUCCCAUCUCAGCAGUGAUUCAAACCUCCCCGUGAAAAUCACUUUGCAAGGAACGAAAAUGCCCAGUGUUACCCGUAUCCUUCAACAGACUGUUUCUCCACUGCAAGCCUUUUAUCUGGAAAGAUGGAAGCAGAGAAUGAUACAGGAACUUGGAAAAGAUGGUUUUGCAGAGUAUACUAAAAAUCUUUUCCACCAAGGAGAGCUUUUUCAUGCAGCUUUGGAAUCCAUCUUAUUGCCUGAAGAAACAGCAACUAAGGAGCAGAGAGAAAAUGCUGCAAUUUCUGGCUACUUAUCCAGCGUGCAGCAUGUCUUAGAAGAUAUUGGAGAGGUGAAAGCUCUGGAAAGUGCUGUUCAGCAUGAGACUCUUCAGUAUCUGGGCCUGGUGGACUGCGUGGCUAUGUAUCGAGGCCAGUUGUGUGUGAUUGACUGGAAAACUUCAGAGAAACCAAAGCCAUUUCUGAAGAAUACUUUUGACAACCCACUUCAGGUUGCAGCAUAUAUUGGAGCCAUAAACCAUGAUGCUAAUUAUGACUUCCAGGUUAGGUGUGGGCUCAUCGUGGUUGCCUACAAGGAUGGCUCCCCUGCUCAUCCACAUUUCAUGGGUCCUGAGCUGUGCUCCCAGUACUGGAAGAAGUGGCUUUUGCGCCUCGAAGAGUACAUGGACAAAAACUGAUGCCAA